AAACAGUCUCUUCUUCUCAAGGCAAGAAUAGCCCAAGAAACCUCCAUAGGCUGCACAAAAGAAACCUGCUGCAGCAAACAAAGAACCCCGGCCAACACAAUUCCAGCCACCGCUCUUACAAUUAUAAUAACCUCCACUCUCUAUGUUAUCUAUGAACUCGGGUUCCACCCAGGCAUGGUGUGUCUGGGUGUUCUUUUUGGGUGCAAAGGCUCCCGUUCUGUCAAAGACUACGUUCUAUCAGUUUUGGUGAUCAUAGCUAUUGUUUUCGGAUUGCGUAUAUUUUGUUAUGCUAUUCAUCGUUUGUUGAAGAGGGAGGAUUCUCAAUCUCGCCGCCGUGAUGAGAAUUUAGGUGAUGGAUCUGGAUUGGAAAUGCAACCGCAAUAUACGAGCCAUAUGCGCAUAGGAUUAACCUGAGGAGCAUGCCAAAAAGAAAGGUUAGCGAUGAUCUUGGUUAAUUAACCGGAGAGGGUCAUGUUACAUAUUUUUAAUUGUUGAUUAAUACAUUCCAACCAUGAAU